AUGGAUCAAUGGGCUCUUUUUGUUGAUUAUCGUCUCAAGCCUUCAACAAUGGAAAUGGGUAAUAGAAAUAGAGAUAUCAGGAAAAGGCAAACUAUUCCUCACACGGGUGGUGCUAUGUCUUUGUCAAGAAGAAGGGAAAAUUUGAAAUUGGAGCUUGGUAAGAAUAUUGGGAGAGCUGAAAUGUGGAAGGUGACUCAUAAGAGAAAAAAUGGCACCUAUGUGAAUGACGAGGCUAUGGAGAUUGGGGAAAAAAUUGAUGAAUUGAUGUUGAAAAAUCCGGAAACUGCAUCUGAAAUAUCUCCAAAUGAUCCUAUUGGUGUCAUAUUUGGAAAAGAGCAUCCAGGUCGGGUUAGAGGACUUUCGUAUGGCGCGUGUCCUACUCUUGCUUUUCAGCAAUCAACUAAAAGAAUAAAAGGAAUCAACUUUGCUUCACCUAAUGUAGCUUCCCCACAUGACAAAGACAAGUUUGUGAAGAUUGAAAAUGAACUUGCAACUGUCAAGAACCAAGUGCAAACAUUGCUUGCCUAUAUUGCUUCUAAAGAAGAUGUUCCAGAACAUGUUGCUGCAAUGGUUGCUGGUUUGGCACCAAAUCUUGAAAGUGGUGUGCCAUCUCCGCAUGAAAUACUAGGAUCAAGUGGUGGAAGCAAAACACCUUAG